AUGUCUGCUGCCAGCUGUCUUCUAUCGAAAGAUCGGUUUCUGUGCUUCAUCUGUCUGAAUGUCUUCACUGAUCCAGUCUCCACACCAUGUGGACACAACUUCUGCAAAAACUGCAUCAGUCAACACUGGGAUAUCAGUGAGAGGUGUCAGUGUCCUGUGUGUAAAAAGGCAUUUGAAGUCAGACCUGAGCUGCACAUCAACACUUUCAUCUCUGAGAUGGUUUCUCACAGCUCAGAGCAACAAGCUGCCAAACCAGGAGAAGUUCCCUGUGACAUCUGCACUGAAACCAAACUGAAGGCCCUGAAGUCCUGCCUGGUGUGUCUGGCCUCCUACUGUCAGACUCACCUGGAGCCUCAUCUGACAGCUUCACGGCUGAAAAGACAUCAGCUGAUUGAUCCUGAGGAGAACCUGGAAAGCAGGAUGUGUAUGAAGCAUGAUAAACCUCUGGAGCUGUUCUGUAAGACCGAUCAGACAUGUGUCUGCAUGCUCUGCUGUGUUUUUGACCACAAUACUCAUGAGUUUGUUCCUCUGAGAGAAGAAUAUGAAGGAAAGAAGGCAGAGCUGGGGGAGACUGAGGCUGAAAUUCAACAGAUGAUCCAGAAGAGACGACUGAAGAUUCAGGAGAUCAAAGAGUCAGUGAAGAGGAGUAAAGAUGCUGCAGACAGAGAGAAAGCAGAAGGUGUUCAGGUCUUCACUGCUCUGAGGAAGACUCUCAGGAGAUGUUUGAAAAAGUUCAUAAAGGAGAUUGAAGAUAAACAGGAAACAACAGAGAAACAGGCUGAAGGUUUCAUCACAGAUCUGGAACAGGAAAUCUCUGAGCUGAUGAAGAGAAGCUCUGAGGUGGAGCAGCUCUCACGCUCUAAAGAUCACCUCCACCUCCUCCAAAGCUUCUCAUCCCUGAAAGCUGCUCCAACCACCAAGCACUGGACAGAGGUCAGUAUCCAUCCACCAUCAUAUGAGGGGACUGUGGUGAGAGCUGUGGGUCGGCUGAAGGAGACUCUCAGUAAAGACAUGAAGAAGCUGUUUGAGGCUGAGCUGAAGAGGGUCCAGCAGUAUGCAGUGGAUAUCACUCUUGAUCCUGAUACAGCACAUCCUUAUCUCAUCCUGUCUGAUGAUGGAAAACAAGUACACUGUGGUGAAGAGGAGAAUGAUCUUCCAGACAACCCAGAGAGAUUUUCUGUGGAGCGUCUUGUUUUAGGAAAGCAGAGUUUCUCUUCAGGCAGAUUUUACUUUGAGGUUCAGGUUAAAGAAAAGCCUGACUGGGUUUUAGGAGUGGUCAGAGAGUCAGUCAACAGGAAGGAAGUCAUCACACCGAGUCCUGCGAAUGGUCUCUGGACAGUAGGAGCAUAUGAAAACAUUUGUGGAGCUCUUGAAGAUCCCACAGUCCCACUCUCUCUUCAGCGUGGUUCUGAGAAGGUGGGGGUGUUUGUGGAUUAUGAGGAGGGUCUGGUCUCCUUUUAUGAUGUAGAUGAUGUAGAUGUGAUCUACUCCUUUACUGGCUGGUCCUUCACUGAGAAACUCUACCCAUUGUUCUGUCCCAAAGUUAAUGUUGAUAAUGAUGAUGAGAACAGUUGUGGUAAAAAAAUUAAACCUCUGAUCAUCUGUCCUGUCAAUCAGUCAGUCUGA